CUGUUGUUGGGGGACGUCUUCUUCCGUCGCCUCACCUUUCAUUUCGAUGCAAACCCGAGGCUUUGACGUGGCAUCGACUUCGGCGCGGCAAGCGUACCAGCUCCUCACGGGCGCGGUCGUGCCGCGCCCCAUAGCCUGGAUCAGCACGGUGAGCGCGGACGGCGUCACGAACCUUGCGCCCUUUUCGUUCUUCACGGUCGUGAGCUCGGACCCGCCGAUCGUGUCGUACACGCAACUCUUCCCGACGCCCGGGACCGACAAGGAUACGCUGACGAAUCUGCGCGCGACCAACGAAUGCGUCAUCAACUUUGUCCCGAUUGAGCUCGGCGAGCUCAUGAACGCCACGUCCAGGAAUUACCCGCACGGCGUGAGCGAGAUCGACGCGCUCGAGAUCCCAACGAUUCGCAGUACGCGCGUGCAGGUGCCUGGUGUGGCGGCUUCGCCGAUCCGCAUGGAGUGCUCGCUGCGGGACGUCCUCGAGAUUGGCAACGGCAAACUCGUGCUGCUCAACGUCCUGCACUUUGAGGUUGCCGAGGCGUCGCUCACAGAGAGUGGCCAAAUCGACAGCAACGUCUUUGCGUCGCUCGGCCGCAUGAGCCGGAACGACUACGUCGCAACAUCCAACCUCUUUGAGAUCGCGCGGCCGACGUCCUAAGUUUCUAGUACAAGCUACGAUCCCGUCCAUCAACCCGUGUCGGUUCGUGCAGCGACCUCGUGUCGGACCAGAGAUAUCACCAAUCGACCAAUCCGCCCU